UGGCCUGGCGGCGGCCGUGGCGUGCGGCGGCGGCAGCGCCAUGUCGAUGGAGGACCCCUUCUUCGUGGUGAAGGGGGAGGUGCAGAAAGCUGUGAACACUGCCCAGGGGCUCUUCCAGAGGUGGACAGAGCUCCUGCAGGAUCCCUCCAUCGCCACAAGAGAGGAAAUCGACUGGACCACCAAUGAGCUCAGGAACAACCUGCGCAGCAUCGAGUGGGACCUGGAAGACCUGGAUGAAACCAUUAGCAUUGUGGAGGCAAACCCACGGAAAUUCAACCUCGAUGCCACGGAGCUGGGCAUCCGCAAAGCCUUCAUCUCCAGCACGCGCCAGGUGGUCAGGGACAUGAAGGAUCAGAUGUCAAACUCUUCCAUGCAAGCACUGGCUGAAAGGAAAAACAGGCAGGCACUCCUGGGAGACAGUGGCAGUCAGAGUUGGAGCUCUGGACCUGACAAAUACAGCCGUCUGGACCGGGAGCUGCAGUUAGCCAAUUCACACUUCAUCGAGGAGCAGCAAGCUCAACAACAGCUGAUUGUGGAGCAGCAGGAUGAGCAGUUGGAGCUGGUCUCUGGCAGCAUCGGUGUGCUGAAGAACAUGUCCCAGCGCAUUGGCGGGGAGCUGGAGGAGCAGGCGGUGAUGCUGGAUGACUUCUCCCACGAGCUGGACAGCACUCAGUCACGCCUCGAUAACGUCAUGAAGAAACUGGCCAAAGUGUCCCACAUGACCAGUGAUCGACGGCAGUGGUGUGCAAUUGUUGUCCUCUUCGUCAUCUUGCUAGUGGUGCUCAUCCUGUUUUUUGUGCUGUGAUGACAAAAACUGAACUUCCUGGGACGCCCCCUGCCCGCCCCCUGGCCCCGGCAGCGCAGGGAAAUGAAACUCUGCCCAUUUCCGUCCGCCCACAGAGAUCCCCGGCAGGAACACCCGCAGCAGCUCUCGGCAUCCUCCUGCAAGGACUGCGGCGUCUCCCUGGCCCCGGGGAGGGGGUGGAGCGCUGGGGCUGCCUCCGCCCCCGCUGCGGUGCCCCCCGGGCCUGGGCUCCGGCGCUGCAUCCCUGGAGCCGCAGGGGGAGCUGCCCCACCCGCUGCAGGUAGGAGCCGCUGGACACAGAGCAGCGAGCCCUGGGGAGGAUGGGACGGGGAGCAGUGACUGAGUUCACUGAGCAUUACAAACGGCGCUGCCAGUGCCAGCCUCAAGCAUCGCUGGGAAGGGUGAACCCCCCGAAGCCACAGCAAGGGAGGGGAGCCCUGGCCCUGCUCCCCGCGCCCCUCCCUGCCUCCUGUGGGCGGGCUCUAGCACCAAUUCACUGCCGAGAGCGCGGUGAGUCCUGGCAGAGCUCUCCUGCCCCCUCCCUGGGCAGAGGGCAGAGCUGUGGGGUCUCAUGUCCUGCAUGGGCACCCCAGAGCCUCAGACCUGGGGGGCUGCACACCGAGUGCUGGCAAUCAGCUGUGAGCCACACAGGGAGAGUCUUGAAGCUUUUAAACUUGCCUCCCUCAUUAUACAGGCUCUCUAAAGCUCAUUGACUGAUGCUUUCUUUGCCCUUGUAUAACUGAGUCACUGCUUCUGUUUAACAGCUGCUUCCCUUUGGCAAGUGAUUUGCCAAGUCUAAAAUAACUUAUUUUUUUUAAGAAAAGAAAAAAAAAACUUUAAAGAUUUUUUUGAUGACCAUUAGAGCCAUGUUCUCUCUGACACACAUGAUCAGAGCAACAGUGCUCAGUGAUGUAUUUUAAGUGUACAUGAACUUGUAAAUAGGAUGUCUUAAUUUUUCCCAACUGCUAUUUUUUGGACACCUCCGUUGUAAGCAACCAAAAGGCAGGAGAUUCAAAGCUAGAUCAUGUUUCCAUAUUCCUCCCCAGUCCUUUUGUUACCUCCCAGUUGUUUGUCACUCCAGUUGUCUCAUCAGGGUUGGAUUCCCUCCAGGGAAUGUGGAGUAGCCAGGUGGGCAGUACCAGAAAUGUGAAGGAAGCUCACCUGGGCAGUGUCAGUGUAGAGGAACAGGCAGAGGGACCGUGCUGCAAGCACCAAUUGUGGGAUGGGGGAAAGCAAAAACGGUUUCUUACUCCAGUCUGCUCCCAUAUUUUAAGUUGCAAACAUGAAAAGACUCAGCACAGCCUGGCUUAUGGCUCCCAGAUGGGGCUGGGGGAGGAAGUUAAUUGGCGCUGACGCAAAGACUUCUGCUGAAAUUGCAAAUCAUCCCCAAAAUCAUCCACCCCCCGCCUUAGAAUCUUGCCACCGGACGGCUUUACCUCCGGAACUGAACACUCCUCCCCCUCGGAGCUCUGCGGGCCCCCCGUCCCUCCGCAGGCGCUGCAUGCACCGCCGGCAGCUCGGUGCCUUCCGCAGCCGGGCGGGGCCGCACGGAGCCUCCCGCCCGCUCGUCAGUAACGCACACGCGGUGCCUCGCUCGGCGCCCGCCCGCACUCACGGCUCCAGCGGCUCCUUGUCCUGCUGAGCAUCCCUGCAGGGCACAGGCCGUGUCUGCUUUCCCCGCUGGUUGUAGCAGUGUCCGUGGCUCCUUGUCCUGCAGCAUCCCUGCAGGGCACAGGCCGUGUCUGCUUUCCCCGCUGGUUGUAGCAGUGUCCGUGGCACCCACUCGGUGGGGA